AAUGCUGUUAAUGAAGGAAUAAGACCUGAACUUCCAUCAAGACAUCGUCAUCAGUCAUCUCCUGGAAGCGAGACAAAUAGAAUGAAUUUGAUAAUAAAAAUAGGAUUAAAAAGACUUGCAAUAUCAGAAUCAAAUUGUCGUAAUCUUAAGAACAGUAGUAAUAAUAAUAGUGCUGGAGAGGAACACAUCCAGAAAAUUACAGAGUAUAUUACAGAGUAUGUUGGUGUUUGGAAUAAAGACUUUUUUGAACCUAGAAAAAUCAAGAUUGAUAAAGGUUCUCGUGGACAACCUAAAAUAUCAAAACAACAAGCUCGUGGUGCACAUCAAAAAGUUGCAGCAAAGAGUCGUUAA